GCAAAGGAGAACAACCCGGACAAACGAAGGUUUAUUCCCGAGAUUGUGCGCGGGGUGCAGAUGGAGGGCAGGCCGCAAGAGGGACUCACUGGGCGUAUUAGCAACCAGAAGAAGAAAGUCAUCGAGCUCAUCCAAUACUUAGAUGUAUGUCCCGUGCGUGUGAUCACUAAAUGCAGGUAG